AUACCUCCAUCACGCCUGCGUCAUCACACAACCCACCCCUCACUGUGCCUCAGCUUACAGCCGUACCGCAUUGUCAAGCGCGCUCAAAUUUGACUUGCCACGAGCUGCACAAUUGCUAAGUUUCAAUUGGCGAGGUUUCACAGUCGUACAUACAUUUCCUGACCUGCAAUUUGGAAGGAGAUCUCAUCUACACACGUAAUCAACCUCGAAGCCAUACAGACACACACACACACACAUAUACAUAACUACUAGCUAUCCAGCAAACCACGACCGCCAAAAAUGACGGCUUCCUCUAUGACCGCGAACCCCACGACGACAGCCGUCUCGGCGCCCGGCAAAGUCCUCCUGGCGGGCGGCUACCUGGUCCUGGACCGGGCCUACACGGGCCUCGUCUUUGGGCUCAGCGCCCGCAUCAACGUCGUGGCGGCCGAGAUCCACACCAUUCCGGGCGUGCACCUGACCGAGAUCGUCGUCGAGAGCCCGCAGUUUGUCGAUGCUGUGUGGCGGUACGGGUUCCAUCUCGCGCCGGAGGAUGGGGGGAUUACGGUCACGCAGCUGCAGGUCGGCUCCAAAAUCAGCCCAAACACAUUCGUCGAGACGACCCUAAGCUACGCCCUCACCUACAUCGCCCGCAUUAACAAGCAGCGCCCAAGCCACUCCCUCACCUCCACGCGUCUCAUUAUCCUCGCCGACAACGACUACUACUCCCUCCCUUCCACAGCAGCCAACGACCCGGACUCAGCCGUCUCCGGCACCGCCGUCCCAGUAGCAGCAAAGAAGGGAGCCCGCUUCGCGCGGUACCCCCACUCCAUCGGCGAAGCGCACAAGACGGGCCUCGGCUCCUCCGCCGCGCUCGUCACCUCCCUGACGGCCGCGCUGCUGACGCACCACCUGCCCACCUCGCUCUUCGACAUCACCUCCGAGGCCGGGAAGCACACGCUCCACAACCUCGCGCAGGCGGCGCACUGCGCUGCGCAGGGCAAAGUCGGGUCCGGGUUCGAUGUCGCGGCGGCCGUGUUUGGGAGCUGUCGGUACCGUCGUUUUUCGCCUUCUCUGCUCUCCGAUCUCGGCGGCGCGGGGUCACCUGGGUUCUCGGAGGCGUUGGUGAGGAAGGUGGAUGAGUUGCUGGCGUGGGAUGUCGAGGUUGAUAAGGCUGGGACGGGGUUGCCGGAGGGCGUGUGCCUUCGUAUGUGCGAUGUUGAUUGUGGUAGCCAGACGGUGAGUAUGGUUAAGAAGGUGCUUGAGUGGAGGAAGGCCGAUGCCGAGGGGAGCAAGGAGCUGUGGGAGGAGUUGCAGGGGAAGAACGAGGCUCUCGCGGCGGUGCUGAAGAAUGGGGAGACGGACAAGGUUGGUGGUGCGGUUGCGGAUGUGAGGGGGUUGAUUCGGGCUAUGGGCAAAGGGAGUGGUGUUCCGAUUGAGCCUGAGUCGCAGACGGAGCUGCUCGAUGCGCUCGGGGGUGUCGAGGGUGUGUUGGGCGGGGUUGUGCCUGGUGCGGGCGGGUUCGAUGCCGUGGCUUUGAUUAUGAGGGAUGACCAGGCUACGCAGAAGAGAAUUGAGGAGUUCUUGGAGGGGUGGGGGAAGGAGAAGGGGGCGAGGGUGCGAUUGUUGGGUGUGAAGGGGGAGAUGGAGGGCGCGAGGCGGGAGGAGUUGAGUACGUAUGAUGGGUGGUUGGCUUGAAGGGUAUCUGCGAUGGUUGAGUCUUGAAGACAAGAAGAAAAAAAGCGAACAAGGAGCUUAAAACAUAGAAAAGAGUAUGAUACUAGCUAGCGUAUACGAAAGUCCGAGAGGAGAUGGUCAAUACACAAAUAAGUACAUUGCUUG